AACUGAUAAAAUAAGCGUACGCUCAGGUCUGUGCUGAUAAUAUAUUUCUAUUCCUCAAAAGCAGUUCAGAGUCCACUAUUGGUAUGAGAAGGUUAUAUUCGCCAUUUUAACUGAAAAACGUUGUGUUGGAAAUAUCCCACUAAGAGAGGCAGCGAAGAAUGAACAUAGAGGCAGCAUUUUGACUGAAAGGCCACCGAUAUGCAUCUACACCGUAAAAUAUGGUACUAAAAAUGUGGAGAUUAUUGAUUUUCGCGGUGUGUGUCUGGAUGGUGGUGGGUCAGGGACCUAGCACCCCGCCACCUCCAUUCAAAUACGGCCAAUUUUGCGCGCCCAGAAACACCACCAUGCUAGCAUCAUAUUUGCAAGGCAAUGGCACCGUACUGCCACCGAUGCCCACGUUUCCCGAUGAAUUCCAAGUGCGCGUGGAAGCGAACAUUAUCGAAAAGAAUAUGACGAUCGUGGGAGAGGAAUUCUACGACAAGGGGAACAACCGCGCCGCCUUGAGGACGAUCACUAACAACUCGGAGGACUACAUGAUCUUCGACUACAACAACGAUCAGCUGAUCUAUGACGUCAACGGUGUCUGCUAUGCCACGGAUCUGAAGUAUGACGACAACCAACUGCUGUUUGGAAUGCAAAUGACAGGCGCUGGUAUUCCCCAUAUCUACAACACGGCACAGACACUGCAUUUUGCCGCGGCCAAUGGACUGACGUACAUGGGCCGUCAGGUGAUCCGAGGCAUCCUGUGUGAUUGGUGGCGCUCGUGUAUGUACUGGGACAUUCUGGCCUCCAACUUUACCCUCGACUACUUCUUCACAGCCCAAGACACAAGUUUCACGUGGACUGAACCUGACAACGAGAACGUGGUUCCCAUUCGCGCCGAGAUUCAAGGGACCCAGUACAUCCCCCAGAUAAACGGGGCGAACUCCAAAAAUUUCCACCACAUAUACGAAUACUUCGACUUCCGCAACGCAAUCUGGGCUCCCGAUGACAAGUUUUGGCCGCCUCGAGGCGUGCAGUGCUCGGGCCGUAAGGACCCUAAGCCGGUCCCGCAGCUGACUUCACAGUAUUCGUACCGGGAGGAGAUCGUCGACUCCAUCAAUUCAGCCGUCUCCCAGGCGGAUAUUUAUUACGACUUCUCGUACCAGCUGGUCAGGUUCGACUACCGACCGAGUAGCGCUGGGUACCCGUAUUACACGACGAACCCCGUCACUGAGAUACACGAUUAUAACACUGGUAUCGCCUACGCUAUCGACAAGACUCAGGGCAAUUGCUCUAUGAUUCCCAUUCAGAACGCAAGUUUUGACGCCUCCGUCAACGUCACCGGCACCUCAAGCGGAUUCUACAUCCGCAUGAAGUCACCAUCCCAGCUCUUCUACCUUGACAACACGACUUAUUCGUAUGAAGGACAGCGCACUGUACGAGGAAUGCUUUGUGACGUGUAUAUCUCCAAGCGGACGGACUUCACACUUCCCUAUAUCCCCUGGAAUUUCACGUCGACAUUCGAAUUCUACUUCCUGUCUAAUUCUUGGACUCAACAGAACAAUAUUGGUAAAACCGCGAUCCUUCAGAACACACCCGUACAGCUGGUCAUAUCGACACCUGAUAGCGUAGCUUACCAGGCAACGUACAACAUCUACAACUGGGUGCCAGAAGACCCCUCCUUCAACAGGUUUGACGUCACCAGCUGCUAUGACACCAACUCACAACAAUCCUUCAUCUUGGAGUGGCCAGGAAGCUGGGACUCGAGUAUUGCCCAGUAUCAGAACCAGUUUGUGCGCGCGGUGACACAGACGAUCGUGCGAUUGGCGCACGUGAACCCAAUCCGCGUGCAGAAGCCAACUUUCAAGUUUGACCCUACAAAUAUCUACUUUGUAGCUACGCUGCUUGACGCGCCACCACCCAUGGCUUAUUUCACCAAGAUGUCCAACUCGUACCAACAGACGACCAACGACGCAACGCUCUCCGUUACAAGUCCUGACGACUGUGCGCGCGCAUGUAACACCGGAAGUAAUCUCACCGGAAGCUGCAUGAGUUUCGACUUCUGCCUCAGCAACAGCGUCUGCGCGCUGAGCACGACCCACGCACAGAAGGGUCAAAUCGUCGGAACGGCCACGUGUGACCACUAUGACCGUACGGUUGACUAUCAGAGCUUGAGCAUUCCUCUGGCUAAAGUAUGGACCACCCUGAAGAACUCCGUGCUGAUCGGGGACUUCCAGUUCUCACUGCCCAUCAACGGACAGAAUGUGCAAUUCACCGCCGGAGCAAUAGACAACAAUGUGAUACAAAAUGCGCAACGACAAUUGUCAUCGCAGGCGCUCAUGGACCAGUUCGUGCAACAGAUCAACAAAGACAUUCCCGGUUAUGACGAUCUCAUCAUCACUGGCGUUGCCAUUGACGACUGCGCGACUGGAUGUCUGUCGCAACAGAGCUGGGUGUGCAACUCGUUCUCCUACUGCUUUGACACCGGGUACUGCAUCCUUUCGAAGCUACAUCCGGACGCCCGACCAUCUGCCGUCGUUAACAAGCCGCUUUGUGAUCUCUAUUCAAAGAAGUACACUGUGGACUAUCAGCUAGUGCAAGGCAAGACGGUCCUAUCGAGCACAGACACGAUCUACCAGAACAUAUACAGCGCCGACCAGUGCGGCCAGCUGUGCAGUAACUACAACGGCUUUAACUGCAAGUCCUUCGACUACUGCGACGGCAUCUCGACCUGCUUCCUCGGCAAGACCCACUACUUUGACGUGCCCCAGAGCGACGUGCAGGACUCUCCCAUGUGUGACCACUACUCCAGGAAGUACAUCUCGGACUUCAAGCAGACGAGCCGUCAGAAGCUCCUGAACCAGGCGAACCGCAUCAUCCAGAACAUUCCUGUGGACCAAUGCGCCAAGCUUUGCGUGGAGCAGGAGGGCGCAAGUUGCGCCAGCUUCGGUUACUGCGGCAACACAUCGGAGUGCCGCCUCAGCACGGCUUCCAUGCGCAACGUUGGCCAGGUGUCUUCUGAGCCAAACCUGUAUUGCGAUAUCUACAACAGACAGUCGUUCCCUGAUGGAACGCCGUAUAUCAACAACCCGCAGAAAUACUUUGGUUCACAACAGUCAACCGGGUACAGCGGAGGUUCGAUGGCGGGUCUGGCGUUCGGUAUGAUCAUACUGGGCAUUGUUAUAGCGAUCGGUGUAUUCUUCGGCUUCCAGAAAUUCAAGGGUACUCCCAACGACGGUAUGAGUGUGCAUUUUGUCAAGAACGAAAGCGAAUCCUAGGGCUAAGUGAUAUCACUAGAACGACAGUGCGUGUUUGCUCACCAGUGGAAAAUGAUUGAAUGUUGCUGAACAAACCAUGAACGUUUUUGGUAGUUUAAGUUCGAGACAUUUGUUGUAUGCUGCAAACGUUCGCAAUUAACUUCAUGUGAAGAUUGAUCAGUGUGCAUCAUUAUUAGUAAUUGUGUCUGUCAGCAUUAUAUUUUUCAUUAUUAUAUAAUAUAUUUAUGUAAUUAUCAAUGUAUAACUCAAACUAUGUAGCGAAGCUUUUCCACUAAAACUGUAAUAUCGUACAAACAUAUCAAGGCCAGAUAACUUAAGUGAGAUUUAAGACUGUUGGGGUUGUCGUCUUUCGAUCGAGCGUGCUACCUUGCGUUGUUCCUAGGUGCUCUGUAUGAUCAUAUCUUCACAAAUAAUAAUUUGCUUAUUUUCAAGUGUGUCAAAAAAUUAGAUCCUAUUUAUCAUAUUAUAAAUCUUAUUCUUCGCAUUUCAUACAAGGAUUGUAUCCAAUUGCGACGAAAACACAAACUGUAACACACACGCAAAUCAGAUUCAUCUAAUAAGUGAGAAAAAUAUUAUUUGCAAUAAAUAUAUUUUGUAAAAUGUUAUAAUAAUUUUAAUGUCAGAACUUAGUUCCGAUAUUAUAGACUUUAAUUGGAAAGAUAGCAAACUAUCGCAUGUUUAAUGUGCAAUGCAAGUGUGUGAUAAUUACCAUUUAAAGUAUACCUAUUGAACAAAUAUAUAAACAAAUAACAUUUUAAUGUUAACUUUGUCUGAUGGUAUAAAAUAAAAUGAUACGUGCAA